AGUUGUCAUUCGGUUGGACUUGUGUGCGAGUGGGAGUCUGCGAACACGUUUCGUAAAUCGGUAUCAACAAAAACAUGCGGUAAUAUCUUUAUAAAAGCGAGUCAGUUAGCUGUUCAUCACUCACUGGAAAAUCGUGUUGAAUACCUUGUUUUUAAUUAAUCAGUGCUAUAAUAUUAUACACAAUGGAGAGUUACAUAAUGGAAUUAUUUAAAGAUGAGGUGACAGAAUGCAUAGUCGUGGGCAUAGGAAACCCACUGCUGGACAUAUCAGUCAUGGUGGACGACGAUUUCUUGAAAAAGUAUGACCUGAAAGCUAAUGACGCCAUCAUGGCGGACAGUAAACAUCUGCCUCUGUACAAAGAAAUUACUGAAAAGUACACUCCAGAUUACUUAGCUGGAGGCAGUGUCCAGAACUCAACUCGUGUCGCACAAUGGAUCUUGAAGAAACCCAACGUUUGUUCUUACUUUGGGUGUGUCGGCAAUGAUGAUUUCGCGAGGAUAUUGAAAGAUAAAGCUGAGAAUGACGGCGUGAACGUAUUAUACCAAGUGACGGCGGACAAGCCGACCGGAACGUGUGCCGUCUUGUUGACUGACGGAGGCAACCACCGGUCGCUCUGUGCCAAUCUCGCAGCCGCCCAACUCUUCACCGAAGAACACAUCCACAAACCAGAGUGCCAGGCCCUCAUCGAGAAGGCCAAGCUGAUCUAUUCUUCGGGUUUCUUCCUAGCGGUGUCACCGGACACCAUGAUGAGUUUAGCGAAACAUGCCAGUGAGAAGAACCAGUUGUUUGCGUUGAAUGUGAGCGCGCCCUUCGUGAUGGAGUUCUAUAAGAAGCAGCUGGAAGAUGUGCUGCCCUACGUCGACAUCCUGUUCGGUAACGAUCUGGAAGCAGAGGCAUACGCGAAAUUCUUCGGUCUAAAAGUUAACUCGAUCCCAGAGAUUGCUCUAGAAAUAGCGAAGUACCCCAAAAUUAACAAGUCAAGAGCCCGAGUAGUGGUUAUCACUCGAGGGUCUGACCCUGUGAUCCUUGUGAACGAAGGUAAAAUUGAGGAGAUCCCUGUGACGCCACUGAAACAGGAACAAAUUGUAGAUACUAAUGGCGCUGGGGAUGCGUUUACCGGCGGGUUCAUAAGCCAGGUAGUGCAAGGUAGGCCUUUGAGGGAGUGUGUGCAGUGUGCCAUGUACGCAGCGUCCCAUAUCAUACAGAACUCUGGCUGCUCGUUCGGAGGCCCUAGCGAAUUCAAGUUGGAAUCCUAAGACAUUAGUUUAAAUCAACGGUUCUCAAGCCACAUGCAUAGUCUGUACCUAAGCUGUUCAUGUAACUAUUUUAUAUUUACUGGCUUUUCAUUUUUAAUAGUAGCACUUGUUUAUAAUUUGUAUAGUAAUACAGUGAUAUGUAGGUACAGUUUAUUGUGGAUCUCGUUAAUUAAGAUACAGGCGUUGAGUGAGAAACUUUGUAGAUUGUAAAUUACUUUCAUGUAGGUACACUUGACAUGUGUCUCGAGAGCCGGAAUCUUAAUACUUCCAGUAGAUGAAUACGGCAAUAAUGUACAUUGUGUAAGUAUAUAAUGGUGACGCACAAUAUCGUAUUUUAAUUGUUAUGUUUAGAGCUGUAUUGUUUUAUUUAAUACGCUCAGACAUGUGCUCGAAUAUUUAAGGUGUACUAUUUGGAUUGCAACCUUGAAUUUAUUUUGGAUAUCGCUCAACAAUUAUUACGCUAGAUUUAGUUGCCCUUUUUUGCAACGUUAAGAUCGUGUAGACUACCUCAUUUAAGGUUGUAGUUGCAGAUGUGCGCCAAGUACAUAAUAGGUCGCAGGCCUUAGGUAUAAAUAGCUAAAUGUUUUUUCAAAAUAGUAUCAGUAAAAUGUAUAGGAACACAACAUACAGAUUCCUUGUCCAGUGAAACGAUGUGUAAUCUAUAUGAUACUAAUUAGUAUUGAAAACGGGUCAGUGUUUUAGCUCAGUAUAUGUAUCAUAUGAAACUAACUUUUUUCUCAAUUAAAAUACAGUUUAAAGUUGCAUGGACUAGGUAGGUAAUUACAAAUUUUAUUACCUAAUUAACUUUCGAAUAUAAAAUACUUCUUGUCGCUGUAUUAUCAAACAAGUAAAGUAAUAGUAUUAUUAAUAGAUCUGAUAUCACCUUAUGUCCAAAACAAAGUGUAUAGAGUAUUUUGAAGUUACUAAAUUUGUGUGCCUUCUUCGUUCCAUAUGAAAUAUUGUUGAUGAGUCCUGCAAGGUACUGUUGCUAGUUAUCAGUAGAUAGGAUUUCGAAACCAAUCUGAUUGUUACCUUGUGUGUCAUCUUAAUAAAAAAAUAAAAACAGUUGCUACAUAAAUUUUUAAUCAAAUACCUUCAAGGUAAAUUAGAUCUUACAUACUAACACAUAAUAGAUUAAGAAAUAAUUAGGAACUGUCCUUCCAUAAGGCAAGAUACAAGUAGUAAAAUUUUAGGCACAUAAAAAAUUUGGUUUUAUGACUACUCAUUAUCAUCAUUAAUGGGUAUUAUGCAGUCAUUUAAUGGGUACUUAACACAAUCCUUAGCAAUUGUUUUUGGAAUAAAAUCAAUACUAAAGAAUAGAAGUUAAGUAAUCAUUAGAUGCCUCCGAGUAUGGCAGUUAGACAUUUAUCCUAAGGAUAAUAAUUAAUGUCUGCACUAAAACAUUCCUAUCAUUCACACAAUCAUCAAGUUUAACAACAUAUAAACAGUACAGACUAAUACAAUGAAGUCAAAAAUAAUUAAGACAACCUGUUGCAGUCAGUAUUGUUAACGUAAAUCAAUGACAGUAUGAAUUCUUAGCUUACUUGAAGAAGGUUGCCAGUAUGGGUGGGUUGCUACAGGUACUUUCUUAUUAAAACACCAUUUAUCGUGAACAUGUGCAUAAGAUAAUACAGAAAUGAACACACACUUUAAUUGUAACCGACUCUACUAAUAUGAUAGCUUGUGUCAUACUCAUUACGGAAGUUACCUUGAAUCUUAUUACUCAACUAUAUUUUAAUACUUGUAGAAUCGGCUAAAGAAAGUCACUAUUAAUUUCUCAUAACAUUAAUUUUUGGUCUUUAUCGUCACACAUCGUGUAUAAAAAAUAUACAUUUAUAAAAAUUUUAUACAAACUAAAUACUUAGUUCAAAACUAAAAUAUCAACAUCAAAUGUUUAGUCAAACUCAAAAAUAAAUAACAGCUAAUAAUUAGCAAUGUGUUUUAUGAACACAACAGUGUAAUGGACAAUAUGAAUGUUCCAGUCCGGAACAAUCUGUUCUUCAUUGCCCAGGAGAGGCAUACACCUAUAAGUCUCCAUGAGAAUAAAUUCCACACUAUUUAUUUCCUUAGUCAAACUUCUUGAAACCCGAUCAUGUUUCCUCUCAUCGAGACAUGAUCCUUGUCUGCAGAUGACACAUCCAGGUCUCAGAAUGGUCUUAAUUUUUGGUGCCCUGUAAGUUGUACAUAUAGCAGUUGUGAUGUACUUAUAUUGUAUUAUUGUUGUCUAAUAAAUUUUUUUUCUAUCA